ACCACCUGAAACGUCUGUAAGCCUGUCACACUUGCAGGACGGGUUAUCUCAUGUCGCUUCCACGGCACUGACGAAGUGACGAUGGACCUCGACGACGGGGAGCGAUACGCAGCUGCAGCCCUCUUUACCCUCGCCCUACAUACAACACAGGAUGCCCUGACGAGGAACUCUUUGACGACCUCAUUUGCGUGCCCGAGGAUGAGCCCUGGCCGGGCAUGGAGGUGCCCAAGGGCUUCUGGGGCUUCGACUGUUGCGCACCUCAGGGGCUAUGCCGGCGCGUGUACAGCGCAAUGGGCAUAGCGGAAGCGCGAUGGCCAGGCCUCCUCAAAGCCCCGUGUGUGCCGGAUGCCGCCAACGCCCACGAGGCUCAGGUUGCACUGGUGGCCCUCGUACGCAGGUACGGAGCCCUGCUGGACCCCGCAGUGGCCCCGCACAUCGCUCGGGCUGCUUCCUUGGAAGGGCUGGAGGGGGAAUCCGGGCGGCAGCAGCAACAACAACAACAACAGGAGCAAGCGCAGCCGCAUGAGCAACAACAAGAACAGCAGGAGCAAGCGCAGCCGCAGAGAAAGGCUAACGAGGAAAGCUGCCAGCAGUUGGGAGGGCAGGAGCUGCCGGGGGAGGGGCCCCUGCAGGUGGAAAACUCAACAGGAACCAUGUGUUCGGAGCAGCAGCAGCAGCAGCAGGUGUCACCGCUGUUGCAUCCGCAGCAGCAGCAGGUGCUGCUGCCACCUCAGCCGCAGUUGACUUCCGUUGGCCAGCUUUCAGUGCCAUCGGACCCGCCCCAACUCCCAUCGCAGCAGUUCCCAUCGCAGCAGUUCCCAUUGCAGCAGCAGCCACAGCAGCAGAAGCACCCACAGCAGCAGCAGCACCCACAGCAGCAGCAGCACCCACAGCAGCAGCUGCUGGAGUGUCAAGCGGUUGGUUCGCAUGCGGCUGAUUCGGAUGGCAGCAUCGAGGAAGCAGCCUGCGAGGGGAGGUCGGGUGGGGUUGUGCAGCAGGAGGGGGACGCUCGGGCGGGCGCUGCUGCUGCUGCUGCGGCGGCGGCGGCGGUGGCGGCUGCGGCAGGAGAGCCGUUGGGUGCGGUGGCAGGCGGGCCUUCGGAGGUGGCGGCGGUUGCGGAAGAUGCAGGGCAGGGGGAGGGAUGCGGGCAGGAACAGGGUGCACAGGGGCCAGGGCAGGGAGGUGGCAUUGGAGGCCUGAAUGAGGCUGCGGAUGAGAACAACAAGCAGCGGGGUCAGGAGCAUGUGGGGUGCCGGCCGAGCAGGAGCUGCUCUGGAGGCGGUGAUGGAGGUGGUGGAGGUGGUGGCGGGGGUAGUGAGGGCGCAGGGGCUCGGGGGAGCGGCAGCAGCAGCAGCAGCUGCGGCCCCCGCCCGCUGCAUGAUCCCACGCACCAGUCCGUGCUAGCCUUGUACGAACUCAUUGGCGCCUGUCUGCGGGCUUCGGCGGUAGCUGUUGCCGGGAGCAGUGACGGCGGUGAUGACGGCGGCGGAGGGGGAAGUGAGGAGGCUGGGGCCUCGUCCAGAUGCGGUGGCGGCGGGGCGGCCGUGGGUGGUGGUGCUGCUGCUGCUGCUGAUGUUGUCGGUGGAAGUGGGGGAGGCGACUGCGGCGGUGGUAAGGUCGGCAGCAGCAGCAGGAGCAGUGGCUUCUUCAGCAGGGCGAGGUGGGGCGGCAGCGGCCGAGGAGGAGCGGCAGCAGGGCCGGAGGGAGGCGGCGGCGGCGGCGGAGGGAGCGGUGGGGCUGCCAGGAAGUCAGGCACGGGGGCGGCGGCGGCAGCAGCAGCGGUGAUGGGGGGGCCGGAGGCCGGGGCGCGGGUCGUGCGUAAACCGCUGGUUCGCUGGUACGAUGCUCGCGCGCGUGUUGCGCUCCGCCGCUUCUGCCACUGGCUGCACAUCCCACCCGCCAAGAUGCACGCCAUGGAGCAGAUGUGGGCGCUGCAGCUGCUGCGGCUGGGCGGCGGAGGCCAGUGCGGCGGGGGGUUUGACUUUGGCGACAGCGCAGCGCGGGUGGGCGGCGGGGCGGGCGGGCGGUACUGGACAUACCUCAAGAUCAGCGCGGGGGCGCUGGGGGGCGCGGCGCUGCUGGCGCUGACGGGCGGUCUGGCCGCUCCCGCCAUCGCCGCCGGCCUGGGCAGCGCCAUCAUGGUGCUGCACGGCGGCGCGGCGGCCGCCACCGCAGUCAGCACGCUGGGGGCGUCCGCAGCCGGCACCGCCGCCAUCAGCGGCACCUUUGGCGUCAUCGGCGCCUCGCAUGCGGGCAGCAAGACGGCGGCGCUGUACGGCGACCUGCAGGAGUUUGGUUUCCUCAGCAUCUCCUCCCCCUUGCUGCUGCCGCCUGCGCCCUCGGCGGCCACCCCACCGGAGCCUGAGGCUGAGGUGGCGCCUGGUGAGGUGGCCUCUUCAUCCACUACCGCCGCAGCCGCUGCCGCUACGGCUACUGCUACAGCAACAAUAGCCCGGACAGCCUCAGCCUCAGCCUCGGCCAUGGAGCUACCGCCCUCACAGCUUGAAGACGUGAAGAAGCCGGCCACCUGCACGUCGUGUAAGAUCGCCGCUGCGGCACCACCGCAGCAGCAGCAGCAGCGGAAGAGCUUCCAACUCCAACAGCUCUGCGGCGGCGGCCUUGGUGGCGCCAGCAGCGGCAGCCUCGCUAGCGUUGGCCCUGGCGGCAGCGUCGAGGAUGAUGAUGACCCAUGGGCCUUUGAUGAUGAGGAGGGUGAUCCCUGGGCAACUGAGGCGGCGCUAAUGCAGCUGCAGCAGCAGCCACAGCAGCUGCAGCAGGCGGGCGAAGCAGCGGGUACGUCUGCGCCUAGUGCUGCUAUGCGGGCUCGGCUCGCACAUGCGUGCGCGGGUGCUGACCGGGUUGACAUUGCCUUUGUUGAGGCGCUGCUCGCGGAGUUGGAUGCGGAGGAGGCAGACCUGGACGGGGGCGGGGAUGGCGGUGAGGCGGCUGCUGGUGGCAGCAGUGCAGGCAGCAUUGGGGGAGGCGGCGGUGGCGCUGUUGCUGCUCCUGUACCCCAGCAACAGCGACAAGGGGUGUCAGCUGCGUGUGGGGGCGGCGAGGGGGGCUGCGGCGGCAAGUCCAAACCUGCAUCCAAAGCCGCUCCCGGCUGUGGCUUACAGCCGCCCGCUUCCUCGGCUGCUGCCUGUAGCAGCGACGCCGAUUAUAGCUCUACCUCCAAUAGUAAGUUCUGGAGCUGGUUUCGGGGCGGCGGCAAGUCCGGCAGGACCACCUCCGCCACCGCCACCGCGGCGCCGCCCGACGCCGCUGCCGCUGCCACGUCAGCCUGCUGCUCCGCCGGCAAGCCCUCGCCGGCGGCGGCUCCCGCUGUCAACGCUGUCCCCGGUGCUCCUCCUGCUGGCGCGGGGGGUGCCAAUCCUGGUGCGGGUACCAAACGGCGACACGAGCCGCCGCCGCUGCUGCGUGUACCUGUGAACCCCCGCCGGGCCGGGGAUGCCACCCUCGCCCUCACCAUUGCGGUAAACGGCUGGGUCAAGUGCACCGACGACUUCGUGUCCCCCUGGCGCCCGCUGCCGGCCGCGGGUCGGGAGCUGUGGGGGCUGGUGUGGGAGAGCGAUGUGCUGCGCUCGCUGGGCGGCGCGCUGCGGAAGUUCAUUCGCGACAAGGCCAUCGAGGAGAGCAGCAAGAUGGUGGUGCGGCUGGGCGUGUCAACGGCCCUGGUGACGGCCAUGAUGCCCGCCAUGGCCGUCAUGAGCGCUAUUAACAUCACCAUCGGCAGUCGCUGGCGUGUGGCUCUGCGGCGGGCGCAGCUGGCGGGUCGCUGCCUGGCCCACCUGCUGAUGCAGGGGGCGCACGGGGACCGGCCCGUGACACUGAUCGGUUUCUCCAUGGGUGCUCGCCUCAUCUUCCACUGCCUCCUCGAACUCAGCCGCUGCGGCGCACGAGGCCUGGUGGAGUCUGCGGUGCUGCUGGGCACCCCGGUCAGCGCGAAUGAGGCGCGUUGGACGCAGGCGCGCGUCGCGGUUUCGGGGCGCUUCGUGAACGCCUUUUCCGCGAACGAUUGGGUGUUGGGUGUGAUCUUCCGCGCGCACAGCCGCAACAGUUUGGUGGGGCGGGGUGCGGCGGGGUGCGCGCCGGUGGCUGUGGCGGGUGUGGAGAACACGAAUCUGUCGGCGUUGAUUGCGGGGCACACCCAGUAUCUAGAGAAGCUGGAGGAGGUGCUGAGUGCGCUCAACCUGGUGGAG